AUGGCAUCUGUGCAAGUGGGUAUAGUGAACGGCACAGAAGCCAAACCUCAUUCAAGACCCUACAUGGUUUCGAUUCAAAGAAAUAAAAAACACAUAUGUGGUGGCUUCCUUGUGUCUGAACAGUUUGUCAUGACAGCUGCGCACUGCUUCCAAAAUGGAGAGAAGCUGGCAGUUGUGGUUGGAGCUCAUGAUUACACUCAUGGCUCUGGUCGCAUGGAUGUGAAAUUUUACCACAUCCACCCUGGGUAUGAGCCUAAAAGUCUGCUAAAUGACAUCAUGCUACUUCAGCUAUAUGGAAAAGUCAAAAAGAGCAAGAACGUCAACUGGAUCUCCAUACCAAAGAAAGAUAAGGACAUCAAGGCCAAGGUCAAAUGCAGUGUUGCAGGAUGGGGGAAGAAAAACAACAGUGAUACACCAAGUGCUAAGCUUAUGGAGGUGGACGUCACUAUCAUUGACCAAAAAAAAUGUCAGAAGUACUGGGAAAAAUAUUACUCCACCUCACGUAUGGUGUGUGCAGGUGGUCGUGGAGGAUUUUGCCAGGGGGAUUCUGGAGGACCUUUGGUGUGCAAUAAUGUCGCAGUCGGUGUCGUUUCAUUCUAUGAGAAAAACAACUGUGACUCACCUAAUCGACCGAAUGUCUACACCAAGAUUUCCAAAUUUCUAAAAUGGAUAAAUGCUAUUCUUGAAGGUGUGAAGAAAGCAGUUUUGGGAGGAAAGAUGGUGAAAAUCCCACAUCAACAUUACAGUGUUAAAAACAAUACCCAGAGCUCGGUUGCUGGAUGGGGUUCCACUAAAAAGCAUAAAGAAGUUAAUGACCUUUUGGCCUUGAACGUAUCAACUGUUGACAUUCGCGACUGCAAAGAAGCAUGGAAGAAAUACAAAGAAAGCAUCACACAACUUCCACCAAACAUCAUCCGUGCUGGAGGAUAUAAACAGAACGGAGGAGUGUGCUCGGUAAGAAAUAUACAAGAGAGACUGGGGCAAGUUGUCACAAUGUCUUAA